AUGGCUCAAGAAACAUCGUCAAAAAAGGCUCAACCUCCCUUGGUUGAUAACCUCCUCCAAUAUGGAAAACUGGCCUUUGAUCCCAGCUUGCCAGAAGCAACGAGACAAUCCAACCAGUCAAAAUUCAACACCUUGAUAGAGAGCACAAGUGUUUUAGCACUGAUACCAGCCUUGAACCUUCUCGUGCAGCCUAGUCGAACAGAGCCUUGGCUACGAGCACCAUUGAUUUCAGCCCUUGCGACUCUUCCCCUCAGAGAGCGUGGAGUCCAGCAUACCAUUGAGUUUGUUCUUUCUGUCCAUCCAAGCAGCGCUGGCUUCGAUGAGACAAGGAAAGCUGGGAGAGGGUCCGGCAUUUCCCACGAGGCUCUAAAUGCAGCGUCGAGGCUAUUAUCUUCGCCACCUGCUGGGAUGUCUCCGGAGAGAUGGUUCUCUGGCAUUGCUCCUCAGCUUUUUGCCCUCCUCCAGGGGGAGGGCGAACCAGAAAUGGAUCGAGCUGCUGCUUUCAUCAUUGGAUUCGGUAUCCUCGGCAGGAAGCAGUAUGGUGCUCCUGGUAUGCCUGGUUGGAAAGCUUUCGUUGAACCCAUAUUUCGUUCCAUCGACCCUGCGAUCGUUUCACCCAACGCGGAGGUCGAAAGUGUCGAAGAAGAGAUAGUCUCCUUAAGUCCCAGAAAAAUUCUGGUUCCAUCUUUGCAAGUUGCCAAAAGUCUCCAAAGACUUACCGCCCUUGUAACUUCCCAUCCUCACCCCUCUUUGACAAGGCGCCUUCUUGGACCGAUUCUCCUGCCUCUCUGGUCACUUUCAUCUUGGUAUCAGAGUAACGAUUACAUUGAUAAAUCCUAUCGAAAGCCAGCCAGAAAUUUAUUGAAGACUCUGCUGCAAUUAUCAUCCUCCAGCAGUCAAUUACCUAGUCGACCAAAUCAGCAGCCCUCUAACUCUAGCAACAUCUCAAUCAUUGCCCAGAACCUUAUGUUUCGAGGACGAUCAGACCCAGGAGCGUUGACAUGGAUCUACACCGAGUCUAGUGAUGGCGGGAUUCAAAUUGAGGAGCGAGCAAUCAACGAAAGCAACGAACUCACCGCAAUGGAAUCCGAUCUGGCAUCGAUCGACGGAGCAACAGCUGCAUUCAUCGCCUUGAUAGAAUCUGUAUCUGAUUUUGACACCGAGAUUUCCCAUCUGUUCAUAGACUUGUGCAGAAAAUGGCUCAAAGAUAGCGAAAAGAACAGACCUGGUUCGGUAGUCUUGACACUCCUUGAACCGACAGAGCCGACGAAUAGUGCUGAGAAAAGACUUAUUGAAGCCAAAAUCAUGCAGAGGAUGAUGACUUCGGUUCCGGAGAAACUCGUGAGCGACUCGCGGCAAGUUCUUGAUCUUGUCAACCAGAUAUUGUCCGGUUUCAACACCGAUGAAGUCAAUGACAAUGGCGACGAAGAUAUAGCCGCAAUUGCUCUGAGCCUGUUGAAUAUCAUCCUAACAUCUUCAGCUUCCCUGAAAACGCCCGAUUCAGAGCAGGUUCUCGAGGAAAUACAAGCGUCAUUACAUUCAAUCAGCAAGAAGACGGAGUUAGAUAUUUCAUCAACAGCGCAAAACCUGCUCUUGCUGAUAAAAUUUCGGGACACUCUUAAUGAUCCAGGGAAUGUCACCCCCAGUAUUACUAAGGAUCAACAGGUGGAAGACCGUAAGAGCUACAGCCUUGCAAUGUCGUACCUUACAUCUGCGGAUUCACCACCACCAGUCCGCGUCCAAGGGCUCGAACUUAUUUCAGCUUUAGUUCGAAGUCGGAGCUCAGUCGUUGAUAUACCUGCUCUUCUUGUUCUAUUUUCAUCGCUCCUUCAAGAUAGUGAUGAGUAUAUAUACCUUCGCGUCAUUAAAUCUUUCAUUGAGCUCUCCGACAAGCACCCAAAGGCUAUCCUCAAUGACCUCAUCGACCGGUAUGUUGACCCGAACGAGGAGUCCGAGCUGGACCAGCGUUUGAGAUUUGGAGAAGCAUUACUCCAAGUCAUCGAGAAUGUUAGCAGUGGAUUUUCGGGGGAGAUUGCAAAAGCCGUUUGCGAAGGUCUCUUAUCAAUUGCUGGUCGUCGCGGAUACAGGCCGAAAUCCGAACAAGAGCAAGAAAAGCGAAAUCGCCUAAGGCAGGAGAAGAACAAAGAAGCAGAAGAUGCAUGGGAUGGGCCUGUUCCUCAACUAGAAGAUGACGCACCAGAAUCGCAGGAGGACUAUGAAAUACUAUCGCAGAUCGUCUCAGGGUGGGAAAGUAAGCGUGGGAGUGAAGAUGUGCGCAUUCGCGCCUCUGCUCUAUCGAUACUGGGUACAGCCAUUGAGGAAAAUGUAGCUGGUAUUGGGUCAAGCCUGAUAUCUACAGCUAUAGAUUUGAGCAUCCAUAUAUUGACUCUCGAGCCAGAGCCUGAGAAAGGGAUCUUACGACGUUCCGCAAUACUUUUGAUCAUGUGCUUCGUAAGAGCAUUGAACUCAGCGAGGGAACAAGGCAGAAAGCUCGGCUUCGGAUUGGUUGGCAAAAAUCUCGAGGACGUGCAGAGGAUUUUGGGAUAUGUGGAGGGCACCGACAAUGAUGGGCUGGUACGCCAGCACGCCAAAGACGUGAUUGAUGGUCUCCAAGCCUGGCAAAUCAACACGCUCUUGCCAUCCCAAACGGGACAGACCGAACUUCAGGAAUUGGCCGGAUUGUCAAUCAAACCCGGGGGAAGAAAUGGCUCUAACGCCAGGAUAGGACCGAGGAUUGAGGAGAUAGAGUAG